GUAAAAUAAAAAAUAAAUGGGUAGAUAUGACUACUGCCUUAUUGAUCUGAAACUUUUUUUAUGGCGAACAAUGUUUUAAUAUUGUCUCUAUUCAUCCUUACCUUGCAGAUUCAUCUACUUCCAGGUGAGGCAACCACAUUAACAAUCGAAAACAACUGCAACUACACAGUGUGGCCGGUCAUACGAAACAGAAACACGGCAGCUCGCACGAACACCAACGUAACAGAUGGAUUUUUUCUGCUCGGCGGUGAUUCCAAGGUCAUAAACGUAAAUUCAAGUUGGACAGGUCAGCUUUGGGGUCGAACUCAAUGCUCAACCAAUAGUUUAACGAAGAACUUCUCCUGCCUCACUGGUGAUUGCGGAACUGGAAAUAUCAACUGUCGAGAUAUGCCUUACAUUCCGCCAGUAACAUUAAUCGAGCUUACAACCUCGUCAGAAACCAAGCAGGACUUUUACGAUGUUAGCGCUGUUCACGGCUAUAAUAUUCCGGUGGCCGUGUCUCCGCAAAGUGGUGGCAGCGGCAGCGGCGGUGGAUAUUGCACCGUGAUUGGUUGUGUGUUUAACUACAACGAUGACUGCCCCGAAAAACUCAGGGUGAUUAAAAAUCAAAACAUAAUUGGGUGUAGAAACCCGUGUGACGUGUUGGAUACGAACGAGUGUAAUGGUAAUAGCUCGUCGUUUAUCUUCAAAAAGGCAUGCCCACGCGCUUACAGUGAUACGUUGGAUGAUGUUGCAGCUACCUUUGUUUGUUCCAACAACAAGACGUCGUAUACCAUUAGCUUCUGCCCGUCUCCCAGCAUUGCCAGUAUCCUGUCUAAACCUAUACAAUUAACACAAUCGUCAUCCUCGUCAUCGCCAUUGCCAUCACCGCCAUCGGCAACACCGAUACCAAUUCCAUCACCAACAUUUAAUAUGCCAAAGAAUAAUUCCGCAGAACAACGUCCAACAAAGAGUGAAUCUAAAAGGACGCAUACUAUUCUCUUAGUUGGGUUACCAAUAACAUUUGCAAUAACAAUUUUGUUAUUGUAUGGAGUUUGGACAUGUAUACGCAAGAGGAAGGUUAUCAAAACAUCAACUUGUUCGGAAGGGUAUGAGAUUCAAAAAUCUUUAUUGAACUCCUUGCAAUUUGACUUAAAUACAAUUCGAUUAGCAACAAAUAACUUUGCCGCAGAAAACAAACUCGGAGAAGGUGGAUUUGGUGAAGUUUACAAGGGAAAAUUACAGAAUGGUCAGGAAAUUGCUGUAAAAAGACUAUCCAAAAACUCGGGACAAGGAGCAGCAGAGUUUAAAACUGAAGUUGUUUUAGUUGCAAAACUUAGACACAAAAACUUGGUCAAGCUCUUGGGAUUCUGUGUGGCGUUAGAAGAAAAGAUACUUGUUUAUGAAUUUCUUCCUAAUUCAAGUUUGGACAGAUUUAUAUUUGAUAAAAUAAAGCAAACAAGUUUAGAUUGGGAAACAAGAUUCAACAUUAUUGCUGCUAUUGCGAGAGGCCUUUUAUAUCUUCACGAAGAUUCCCCAUAUAAGAUCAUUCAUCGAGAUCUUAAAUCAAGUAACAUAUUAUUAGACGAAGAAAUGAACCCCAAGAUAUCAGAUUUUGGCCUCGCAAAACUUUUUGGUGUUGAUCAAACUCAAGGUGACACGAAAAGAAUCGUCGGAACUUAUGGUUAUAUGGCUCCGGAAUAUGCAAUGGCUGGUCAUUACUCAGUAAAAUCUGAUGUUUAUAGUUUUGGAGUGUUAGUCCUUGAGAUCGUGAGUGGUCAGAGAAGUAGAUGUUUAGGACCAUUGCAGCUUGAAGAGGCAAUGCUACAUCGUGCAUUCAAACUUUGGAAUGAGAAGAAGACGUUAGAUUUGGUAGAUACAACAUUGCACAACAAUAUUCCAAUAGACGAAGUAACUAAAUGCAUUCAUAUUGGGCUAUUAUGUGUUCAAGAAAAUGAUGUUUUAAGGCCGAGAAUGAACACUAUUGUUGCUGCCCUUAAUAGUAAAUCAGUUAGUUUACCAGUUCCAAGGCCUCCCAAUUUCUUUGGUAUUAAUAAUUUAGAAGAGAAUGAGAUGCAAAAUCAUUCUCUAGGUGUUUAUACAGGUCCUAACUCGAUUACAGAAGUGUAUUCCCGCGAUUAA